AUGAGUGAACCUUUAUCGUUAGCAUCCACUUCGAGUAGCAGCGGUACAAACAAUCAGAAUUCUCUUAAGAUCAUCGUACUUGGUGACAGUGCUGUUGGCAAAUCAAAAUUAUUAGAACGCUUUCUUGUUAAUGCUUAUGUCGGAGCACGAUAUUCAACAUAUGCUGUCAAUAUUUUUAAACAUACUGCAAAAAUAGAUGGAAAACCAAUCGAAGUUGAAUUUUGGGAUACAGCUGGUCAAGAAAAAUUUGACAAUAUUCAUCAUUCAUAUUUUCAUCAAGCACAUGCUUGUAUAAUGAUCUUCGAUGCUACUCGAAAGGUAACAUACAAGAAUCUAGAUCGUUGGUACACUGAAUUACGAGAUAUUCGUCCGCAUAUUCCAUGCUUGUGUGCUGUCAAUAAAAUUGACUCCGCGAUGGAAGUAACGAAAAAAUCAUUCUCAUUCCCAAAAAAGCACGAUAUGCCACUGUACUUUGUUUCGGCUGCUAAUGGUACUAAUGUAGUUCGACUUUUUCGGGAUGCUAUUCGUGUUGCACUUGCCUAUCAAUCGGGUGAUUCUGAAGAUUUUAUUGAUCAAAUUUUACGUGAACUCGAAGAUCAACGAACAUAUGAUAAUAUUUCACAAACAGUCGAUCCAUCAUUGCAUCAUUAUGAAAAUCAUAAUAUUGAUACCAGUUUUCUAUCAGAUACUAGUUCAAAUGUCAUCCUUAAAUCAUCGAAAUCAUCCACCAAAUCAACAUGUUUUGGUAAUCGCCGAAAUUUUUCAAACUAUUUUUUCAAUCAUAAUCAUGAACGUUAUGAGAAAAAAUAUAAAUUUUGGUUACACUUACUUCUAGCUGAAGAAUGGAAUUAUUUUUAUUUAUUAAAAGAUAAAUCUCAACCGUAUGAUGAACAAGAAAAACACAUUAAUCGUAUAAACUCAACAUCAAAAUUAUCAUCGAUUCUUAUUAUCUAUUUAAAUUCUUUUGUACCAUAUAAAUCAUCAUCUUCAUUUAAUCAAACACUAUGUCUCAAUCAUUAUGAACGUCUCUAUUGUCUUUUUAAUUCUCUCGUUGAAGCAAUUAUUUUUGAUCAUGAACGUAAUCUAUGUUUAAAUAUAAUUCAACGAAUAACUUAUUUAAUUAAUAAAAUGAAAGAUCAACAGUAUGAAAGUAUAUUUAUACAAUUUCCAUCCUAUACUCAACGUACACUUACUCUUUCAGCAAUUGAUAAUUAUAAAACUCUCAAUAUUAUGUCAAAAGAUAAACAUUUGCUAAUAACAAAAAUACAACUUCAUUUAAUAUUAGGUAUUAAUAUUCAACAAGAUAAGCAUUUACUUGUUGUAUCAGUUGAACAACCGCAAGGUUCAAAUGCAAUUCAUAAUUUUCAUUUUGCUCAUGCUGAUAGAUCUAUUAUUAAUGAAUGGUAUAAAUUAUUAGACAAAUAUGCCAAGCAAGCGAAAUGUGACUAUAUGAACAAAUAUCAAGAGUAUCGUAUCUAG